AUGGUUGAUAAACACAUAACCGGUUUUGAUCCAUAUUCAGGAACAAUUACAGAUGAUGAAAUAAAUACUCGAACCGAUGAACGUGUUUUUAUAUUAGCAACAGCUCUUCGACAUGGUUAUACAAUUGAAAGUUCGUUUCAAUUAACAAAAAUCGAUCGAGGGUUUCUUUAUAAAUUUACAUCAAUUAUUCAAUUUAUUGUUAAUCAUUUGGAUUCAUUCAUUAUUCAAGAUCAAUCACUUUUACUUGAAGCAAAACGUUUAGGUCCUUCUGAUAAACAAUUUGGUAUUCGACCAUUUGUUAAAAAAAUUAAUACAGUUUUUGGUGAAUGUCCAUCAUUUCCAAAACAACAAGCACCAAUAGGUUCUUCAUAUCCAAAUGUUCAAUUAACAUUUUGUUAUGGAGCUCCAUAUAUAACUUCAACUUAUCUUCCACCAACAGUUACAAAUAAACACAGCAACACGAAAACGUUUUUUCAGAAGAAUCCGUUUCGUUAUAUAGAAGAACAAAAACAAAAAUAUGCUGUACUUAAACAGCAUGCACAAGAGAAAUUAAAUGAAGCUAACAGUGAAAUUGAACGAUUAAGACGAGUACAUACAUCGGAUAUUGGAAGAAGGUACCAUCGUGAUGAAGAAUAUAAACAUGUCACACCUAAAUUUAAACCUUUUGAUGGUACCAGUAAUACUGUUGAUAUUGCCGGUGCUCAACAAAAUCCAUUUAAGUUAUCUAUGGUUUCACCUGGUAAUACAACAUUAAAUCCUUCAGAUGGAAAUAAUCUUGAGAUACUUGCUGAAAUAUGCUUAAAAACUUCAUCGUCAUCAACAACGAUUCGUCUUCGAUUACCGGAUAUGUCAAAGCCAAUAUGUGUAAAAAUUGAUCUCAAUCGAACAUUAGAUGAUGUACGAAAAUUCCUUACUGAAAAUGUUCAAUCACUUCGAUCAAAUGCAUUCAAAUUUAUGGAACCACCAUCAACAAAAAUAAAUCGUGAAGAUGAAAGAAAAAAAUAA